AUGGACCCACCCUCUACCUCCAAUACUCAAUCUUCAAUCUCUAGUGCACUUCUCUCUCAACCUUUACCUAACCCCAAGGGUGGAAUCAAUGCCAUCACUUUGAAGUCUGACACUACAUUGCAUGAGAGGAGUCCCGAGGAGCCAAGCUCAACACAAGCCACUCAAGAUGAAGAUGUUGUUGAGGUAGAAGAUGUGAAAGACGAGGAUAAGGUACAAGAGGCGGUUGAAGAAGAAGUUGCUCAACCAAGGGAUGGAGUAUCUAAAGAAGACAAUGUUUUGAAAGAGGCCAUUUCCAUUCCUUUUCCACACCUAGCUAGGAGGACUAAAAAGCAAGUGGAGCUAGAUCCCAAGAUGGUAGAUAUCUUCAAAAAGGUUGAGGAAAAGACCCAUGAUUUAGAAACUAUUCCUUUGGGUAGCUCGAUUUCUGCUUUGAUGGGUGCUAUACCAGAGAAAUAUGGUGAUCCCGGUCCUUGUAUAGUUACGUGCACUAUAGGUGGUGUACAGUUUGUUGAUUGCACGUGUGACCUAGGUGCCUGUGUUAACAUUAUGCCAUUAUCUGUUUAUGAUGCUUUGAAGCUUCCACUGUUGAGAAGGUCGGCAGCCGGUUUUGUGUUGGCAGAUAAAAGCAUAAUCUCAGUAGUUGGCAUUGCGGAAGACGUCUUGGUGAGCAUUAAGGAAUUGAUUUUUCCUAUUAAUCUCUAUAUUCUAGAGAUGCCCCCUAAUGACUCAGGAAGACCAUCAUCUAUCUUACUUGGAAGGCCGUUCUUGAAGACCUCUCGGUUUAAAUUGGAUGCCUUCUCAGUUCACCAAGAGAUAGUUGAGAAGAAGAACACGGUUCAAGGUGCAAGUGUGGGGAAGCUCCCUGAGUAUAUUGAAGAUACCUUGCCACCUCCAAUGGUUCCAGAUAAUCAAGUGCCAAACCAUGAGCUGACUAUGGAGUUAAAACCCCUUCCACCUCACCUCAAGUAUGCUUAUCUUGAAGACAAUCAAAAGCUCCCGGUGAUUAUUGCAAAGGAACUUACUUUCCAACAAGAGGAGCGACUGCUUAAUAAAGACGUAGAGUUUGACUUGAGUGAAGACUGCAUGGAAGCAUUUGAAAAAUUGAAGAUUGCCUUGACUCAAGCUCCUAUUGUGAAAGAGCCUGACUGGAGUAGGCCGUUCGAGAUCAUGUGCGACGCAUCUAACCAUGCGGUAGGAGCAGCGCUGGCUCAGUGCGAAGGUAAGGAUCCUUAUAUUAUUGCUUAUUGGUGGACGAAAUUGUGA